AUGGCAUAUGACUUCAUAGGCCAGGCACUGUGGCUACAUGGCGGAGAGGGCAAGUCCGACUUCUGGCGUUAUGAUAUAGAGAGCUCCACAUGGACCCAACAAAUCCUUGCCAGCGAGCCCACGAGCACCAACGGUGGGCAUGCCAUGGUUUUUGAUGAGCAGAGGCAUGCACUCUGGCUGUACGGAGGCAAAGGCUCCCUGACCAACGGUGAAAAGCUCUGGAAGUUUGACAUUGCCAAUAUGACGUGGUCAGAGCAGACCCAUGCCCUUAACAAGCCUGUAGGGCGCAAGAACCAUGCGAUGGUCUAUGAUUUUCAUGAGCAGAUGCUGUGGAUGUUUGGGGGGCGGAUGAGCAACGGUAAUUAUGUCCUCGAAAACACUUGCAGGUACGACAUCCAGACCUCAACCUGGAGGACCUGGGCUCUUGAUCCUGAGCCACCAAAGCGUUAUUCUCAUGCUAUGGCCUACGACUCUGAAAGCCGUGCUGUGUGGCUUCAUGGAGGAGAGCACACGGCCAAGUUCGAUGACCUUUGGAAGUUGGACGUCCAGACAAAGACCUGGUCUGAACAAACACCAGGUCUCCCCAAACCUUCAGCACGUCGGAAUGCUGUUAUAAUUUAUGACCCCAUUGGCCAUCGUUUGUGGCUGCAUGGUGGUCUAACUGAUGGCGGACGCAUUGAUGAUUUGUGGAGGUACGACAUCCAAAUGGUAUCUUGGACUGAGGAAACAGUCCUGACUAGCAAGCCCAUGGCACGCUAUUCCCAUGUUUGUGUUUACGAUUUCAUGCGGCAAGAUCUUUGGUUGCAUGGUGGAUGGGCUGGACCCUACCAGAGCAGGCAAGAUUUCUGGAAGUUCACAGUGCCAGCGCCCAACACUACAACCACGCUGGGAAGUGCCAGUUCCGUCUCUGCAACAACCACGACGUCCAGUUCUGCCACAAUUUCAGGCACCAUCUUGACGUCCACCACCUUCACUUCCACCGCCACCCUUACCCCUGUUGCGAUGGCGCUGGGCACUGCCACCAGCAGCACUACGCUCAGCACCACUUCCACCGCCACUGUCACAGCAACGGCCACUGCAACACGUUCGUCGAUUUCAUCGACCACUAGCAGCACGUGGACCACAUGGAAUGUGAGCGUAACUUUCACUUCAGCUGUUGCAGCUGGAGAUUCAAGAAGCCCCGGCCACCACACAAGCAUCACUAGCUUGACUCGAUCCACCACAACUCAGAGCUCAACCCGCUCAAGCCAAACCCAAACCAGCACUUCUCUGGCACCGCACGUCAUCUUGGGUGACAACACGGCCAAAGUGCCCUUGGAGCAAGGCACUGCAAGCUUGGUCGCCUCGCUGUCCUGUGCUGCUGCCCUUGCGAUCAUGGUGUUGGCUUGGAAGGCACGGAAGAUGCGCAAAAUCAACGGGAGGGUCACCCCGGAAGCUGAUGGGCAGUACAGUCUGACUGAUCCACUGGACUUCAUUCGGUACCUUAGAGAAGCAGAUGUGCGCCUCGUUCGUUUGUCCUACUUGUUGGAGCUGCAGCAGAAAAGGCGUCCCUGGCCACGGAGGCAGGAGGCCGAAAGCGUCGUUCUGGACUCCGGGGAAACGGCACUCGUGGCGGCUUCAGAGCUGAAUCACCUUGCCCAUCCCGACAAAGGCCGCCGCUUUUUCACCGCAUGUGGGAAGCUGAUCCAUUUCGGGUCUGUCUCGCAUUGCUGGGAAAGCAUGCAGCACCCGGACCCAUGGAAGUUUCAGCUGGAUCAGACAAUCAGCCGUUUCCAUCACAUGGAAGGUGAUCGCUCGCAAGUAUGGCUCUUCAUCGACUUCAUGUCGCUCUUCCAGUAUCCCCGCAGCGAGGCCCAAAACCAAAGCUUCCUGAAAGCUCUUCAAGGAAUGCAUGUCUUGUACGCUCACGAGCUGGUGAAGGUGGAAGUUCUGGACGAGCUGACCCCGAUGGACGUGCAGUCUGCCCAAAAAGAUUGUCUAGUUGCUGUGUACAAUGAUGCCAACAAGCGCGUGGAAGAGAUUCCUGCUGCAGCUCUCAAGCUGAACCACGUGCCAUAUGACCAGCGCGGCUGGUGCCAGGCAGAGCAGGAGUGGGCCAGUCUACGGGAGACGUUUGCGAAGCGUGUGCCGAUGCCUCCGAACCUCUUCUCGAACUGCAUGGACAGCUGCAGGUUCACCCACCGCAAUGAUUCGGCUUUGGUCAAAGAGUUGCAGGAGAAGAUAUUCUUGCAAAAGGCGCAGGAGACGACAAAGCUCAACCUGCAGUUGCCGGACGACCAGGUGCCAGUCUUGUGUGCAGCGCUCCCCUAUUUUGGUAAUCUAGAUGUGGUCAUCAUCCGUGACACAAAGCUGGGUUGUGAAGGUGCCAGAAGGAUUGUGGAGUCUGGGUCGCGUCACAUCCAUCUGGAUGCCUGUCAGCUCGGUGAUGAGGAGGCUUUGGCAAUCGCUGACGCCCUGGAGACAACGACAGGCGUAGACCAGCUGACGCUCCGCCAUACGCAGAUUUCUUCUUUGGGAGUAGAAGCCCUGCGAGCAGCCACGAAGAUCUUCGGCGCGGUGUGUAUAAACCUUGACGAACAGAAGAUCUCCGGGGGUGUUGCCCAAUCAGUGGGGCCAACCAGUUCCAUGGAAACCACGGACACAUUGAGGAAUGCUUCUUUUGUCUCGGUGGAGACACCUCCAUCGCCUCCUCCGAGGUUUCCCAUUCUGCUCAGAGCGUCAAGGUGGACUAAACACUUGUCACCUUCACCCGCUCUCCGGUGA